UUCACUGUGUGCCGGCUCCUGCUCUUUGGCGGCGACCAUCCCAGCCCAGGAAGAGAGAGUCUUCCCGCUCCUGCCCUCAGAUAAGAAGCAUAAGAAGCAUCAGGCUGGAACCAUGUGGCCAGUGCUGAGAGGCUGGAGGAGAGGAUGUGUCAGCCCAUGUGGAGCCUUGGCAAGGGCUGUGCUAGGCUGGCCAUGGCCCCGCGCUGUGAGCAGUGCCACCUCUGUGGGCCAGGAUGAGUACAGCUUUGUAGUGGUGGGCGCAGGCUCUGCUGGCUGUGUGCUAGCCAGCCGGCUCACUGAGGACCCGAAUCAUCGGGUGCUGCUACUGGAGGCCGGUCCCAAGGACUUGUUGAUGGGGAGCAAGCGCCUGCAGUGGAAGAUACACAUGCCUGCUGCCCUUGUGGCCAACCUGUGUGAUGACAAGUACAACUGGUACUAUCACACUGAGGCACAGCCCGGCCUGGACGGCCGUGUAUUAUACUGGCCACGAGGCCGGGUCUGGGGGGGCUCCUCAUCCCUCAACGCCAUGGUCUACAUCCGUGGACAUGCUGAGGACUAUAACCGUUGGCACCACCAAGGUGCUGAGGGUUGGGACUAUGCACACUGCCUGCCCUACUUCCGCAAGGCACAGAAACAUGAGCUGGGAGCCAACAGGUACCGCGGUAGUGAUGGCCCGCUGCAUGUGUCUCGGGGCAAAACUAACCAUCCCCUUCACCAGGCCUUCCUGCAGGCAGCACAUCAGGCUGGCUACCCCUUCACAGAAGACAUGAAUGGCUUCCAGCAGGAGGGUUUCGGCUGGAUGGACAUGACUAUCCACCAAGGGAAGCGGUGGAGCACGGCCUGUGCUUACUUGCAUCCAGCACUGAGCCGCCCCAACCUCAGGGCUGAGGUCCAGACCCUUGUGAGCAGAGUGCUGUUUGAGGGCACACGUGCAGUAGGUGUGGAGUACAUCAAGAAUGGCCAGAGCCACAAGGUUUAUGCCAGCAAGGAGGUGAUCCUGAGUGGGGGCGCCAUCAAUUCUCCACAGCUGCUCAUGCUCUCUGGUGUUGGAAAUGCCGAUGACCUCAAGAAACUGGGCAUCCCUGUCGUGUGCCACCUGCCUGGAGUUGGGCAGAACCUGCAAGACCACUUGGAGAUCUACAUUCAGCAGGCAUGCACACAUCCCAUCACCCUCCACUCGGCCCAGAUGCCUCUGCGGAAGGUCUGCAUCGGUCUGGAGUGGUUGUGGAGGUUCACAGGGGAUGGAGCCACUGCCCAUCUUGAAACAGGUGGGUUCAUCCGCAGCCGGCCUGGGGUCCCCCACCCGGACAUCCAGUUCCACUUCCUGCCAUCCCAAGUUAUUGACCAUGGGCGGAAACCUACCCAGCAGGAGGCCUACCAGGUACAUGUAGGAACCAUGAGGGGCACAAGUGUGGGCUGGCUCAAACUGAGAAGUGCCAACCCUCGGGACCACCCUGUGAUUCACCCCAACUACUUGUCAACAGAAACUGAUGUCCAGGAUUUCCGUCAGUGUGUGAGGUUGUCCAGAGAAAUUUUUGCACAAGAAGCCUUGGCUCCUUUCCGGGGCAAAGAGCUGCAGCCUGGAAGCCAUGUCCAGUCAGAUAAAGAGAUAGAUGCCUUUGUACGGGCAAAAGCAGACAGUGCUUACCACCCCUCCUGCACCUGUAAGAUGGGCCAGCCCUCUGACCCCACUGCCGUGGUUGACCUGCAAACCAGGGUCCUUGGGGUGGAAAACCUCAGAGUCAUCGAUGCUUCCAUCAUGCCCAGUGUGGUCAGCGGCAACCUGAAUGCUCCCACAAUAAUGAUUGCAGAGAAAGCAGCUGACAUUAUUAAGGGGUACCCUGCACUCUGGGACAAGGACGUUCCUGUCUACAAGCCGAAGACUCUGGCCACCCAGCGUUAAGACGGCCACUGCCUGAGGAUGACAGAGGAACUCAUAUCAAACCAAGAAAUCCAGCUCUUACAGCCCUGCUCCGGAUAGUUCCUCAAACUGUGUAUUCUUGGGACCCAG